UGGAAGUAGAAUUGAGAAGCUGGCCUUCUAUUAGGUGGGCCGCCCACCUUAACAAGAAAUCGCAGCAGUAACAAAUCGCUGCUCUGAUGAAGCCAGCGACAGAGGGGAAGUACACGGAUUACCUCCUUACUCCCCCCCGCAGCCGGGGGGAGGGGUAAGGGGGGGUAUUCUCGAAGAUGUCCCCUCUCCCUUAUUUACUGACUGGUUCCUCUAACCGACACAUGUGCUCCCCGCGGCACCGAAGUUCCGUGCGCGGGCCCUCGCGCUACUUCCGAGCCUAGGCCGCCACUCAAUUCUCCUAAAGUCACCCUUAAUGCCCCCAAACUGGGUCACAAGCCCGCGUUGCCAGACUCGGCAAUGAAUUAAGUUUAACUAUCUCUAUAUGAAGAGCAAUAUAUUCUAAUUUCUUUCCGAUGUGGGAUUCGUUUGCAAUGGCUGAGGGCCGAGAGGAGGAAGCCUCUGGUGCUCUAUUCCACCAAAUUCCUUAUCCAUUCCAUACGUUCGGCGCGACUGGACGAAGGAGACUGAGGCUUGAGCCAGCCACUGAGGAUGACGGAACUAAUUCUAAAGAAAAACCUAAUGGUUCCGAAUGUGAAGUGGGAAUAUGUCGGUGGGCUUCUGCAGGAGAGAAUUGUGAUACGCAAGUACCGGAGAAGAAGGUAGGAGCUUCUGUGACUCUACAGAUUGUUCGCUCGAGCGGCAUCUCUGCCACUCGAGUGAAGCCUCAACCAAUGAGUUCGCUCAUCAAUUGCUCGAUAGUCAGUUCGAGCUGAACACAACCCGAGAGUUCGUUCGACACCUGCUUGAUGGUCAGCUCGAGCGGGAUGCCAAUCCUAAUGUUUGCUCGAGCACCACUUCAGCGAAUGUUCUUUUAAGGCUUCACGCCGUUUCAGUAUAAAUACAAAUUGUUUUAAUUUUAUUUUUGCUUUUUGGCAUUUGAGGCAGCCGUAUAUUUACAGUAGAGAGAGUUGUCCUCUUGUGAGAAUCUCAAAGUUCAUUGAGUGUAUUGGGGCUUUGAGAUUGAGAACUUUGUGAUUGAUUUCUUGUAUUCCACCUGUAUUGAUAGUGAAUUCAUUGAUACUG